GCGCCGGUACCGCCGAUCUCGCCCCACCUCACAGGUCACACACACACCCCUCCCGCCUCUCCGCCGGUACGGCCCCGCCCGCUCCCCGUGUCCCCUCACGGAGGGCGCACAGCUCCCGCCGCCCCUCCCGGCGCCGCCGCCCCGCCCUUCCCCCGGGGCCAAUAGCGGGGCAGCACCGGGGCUGUGCCCCACCCCUGAACCCCGGAAGCGGAAGGGGAUCCCGGUGCUGCCGCCAUAUUGGUGUGUGGAGGGGCGGGAGCGGAAGGCAGGACCGGCCCGGUGGCCUCCACCAUGUCAGAAGGGGACAGCAUUGGGGAGUCUGUGCAUGGAAAACCUUCUGUGGUCUAUAGAUUUUUCUCAAGACUUGGACAGAUCUACCAGUCCUGGUUAGACAAAUCCACCCCCUACACUGCAGUGCGAUGGAUUGUAACACUGGGGCUGAGCUUUAUCUACAUGAUUAGAGUUUAUUUACUGCAGGGUUGGUACAUUGUGACAUAUGCCUUGGGAAUCUACCACCUCAACCUCUUCAUAGCUUUCCUGUCGCCAAAGGUAGACCCCUCUCUAAUGGAAGAUUCAGAUGAUGGUCCUUCCUUACCUACAAGGCAAAAUGAAGAAUUCCGGCCUUUCAUUAGAAGGCUCCCAGAAUUCAAAUUCUGGCAUUCUGCCACUAAAGGAAUCCUGGUUGCUAUGGCUUGUACAUUCUUUGAGGCUUUCAACGUUCCUGUGUUUUGGCCAAUCCUUGUGAUGUACUUCAUUAUGCUAUUUUGUAUCACUAUGAAGAGGCAAAUCAAGCACAUGAUAAAGUACAGAUAUAUACCCUUCACACAUGGCAAGAGGAAAUACAAAGGGAAAGAGGAUGUGGGGAAGACCUUUGCUAGCUAGGAAGAAGCAAUCAACCUGUUGACCAAUUCUACUGCUCACUAAAGGAAAGAUUUUGAGCCAUUGUAACAAUGCCUUUUUUCUUCAUAAAAGUGAUUAACAGAGUGGUGACAAAGCCGUUGAAUUUUCAUUUUAUGAGGAUCUUGCUAUUUUUAUCUGAAAUAUCAGAUUCUCAAGGGAACUGGCAUUCUAACCAAAUUGCAUUGAGUUUAAUUCUCUUUUGUAAGAAGUUGGGAGAAACUUUGGAUAAUCCCAUGGGUUUGGGAUAAUGUAUUUCUUUCAAGGUCUGUUGCACUGGAGAGGUUAUGGCCUAGAGUUGGAUAUUUUUACAUAGUUCUCCUGCUCAACAUCACCCUGAAGUGCUGUGCACAUCUGUGGAGGAAAGUGUAAGCUGGCACACGUGAUGCUGUUUUCUGCUUCAUGGCCGUGUGCUGUGUUCAUAGAAAAAUUCAGUAGACCUAAAUUAGAUGCAGAACUUAAGCCAGUUUCCUAAAUGCAUGGUAUUACUGAGUUAUAACCAAACAAGUAUAGAUAGGAAUAAGAAAUUACUAAAUUAUGGGGUUUGCAGUAGGGCAAAAAUACUCAUUUAGCUUCUAAAGCAACUCGUUUGUGUUGGGUUUUAAUGCCAGUUUCACUGUUCCAUCUCCCAGCAGAUGCUAAAAUUGGGCUCUUUCUGAUGACUCAGAACUUUGUUCAAACUCUAUUACAAUUUCCUUUGAGGACCUGGAAUUAUAAAAAUAUAUAUUUUAAUUGUUAUUGGUUGGAGUUUCUUUCAUACGUAAUGGUUUCUUCAAUAAUUGAAGUUGGCUUCAUGCAGCCCCACAGGACGUGCCCAAACUGGCCAGAACAGACAGUCAUGGGGGUUUUAACACAGAUUUUCUUUUUUUAUGGGGGGAAAAAUGAGAGAUAAAUGGACCUGCAUGUAAACUUUUUCAUGUGAUACAACUGCAGUUUUAUUAAGUGACUUUUUAAUUCCGAAAUUUAUUAAAAGACAGUGUUCCCCUUUA